CCACGCCAAAGAGCAUAGAUUAUAAACACUUAUUAUUUGAGAACGGUUUGUUUCGGUUAAAACAUGUCGAAGAUUCAUGAAGCUUUGGCGCCCAUUUCCUGGUUGGAAGGCCGUUGGUCCACAACUGAUGGCAGAGGAUAUUAUCCGAACAUACCAGACUUUACAUAUCAUGAAGACUUGGAGUUUCUCUGCAUUGGACAGCCCAUGUACAAUUUCCUAUCGACGUCAAGGCACCCUGAAAAGCAGACGCCGAUGCAUCAGGAACGAGGCUUCCUUCGCAUCAAGCCUGGGACAAAUGAGCUGUCUUUCGUCGUGAGCCACAACUUUGGCCUGACUUCACUCGAAGAGGGACUGUGUGAGACAGAGACACAUCAAGUAAUUUUAGAAACAGUUAAUUUAUCUAGAAUUUCAUUUGCUAAACCACCCUUUGUGAAAAAAAUUAAGAGGGUUUUCAAACUACUGAGUGAUGAUCACUUGGAAGCAACAUUGUAUAUGGAAACUGAUACUACACCAAUGAGUGAACAUUUGAAAGCAGUUUACAAAAAAAUUCAAUAGAUUUUAUUUUAAUAUACACAUACAACUAUAGCAUUGUCUGCCAUUGGGAGCUGUCAAGUAAGACAAUUCAGAUUCCUUCCACAUUCUAUUAAAACCUUAGAUAAAGGGGUCUACUGUAUGAUAUUGUUUAUAGGGAGGGGGUCUUGUGAGGCUCAUUCAUUACUGACAGCAAAACAGUUCAUUAGUGCCCUUGAUGUAGACAUCACAGCUAAGGCAUCAGAUAUUUUGAAAUCUAUUUAUUCAAUAUGAUGAUGAGGAAUGGAAAACGCCAUUGACUUAUUAAAAAAAAUUUGUUAAAUGUUAUGGAUACCAUUACAUUAAAGAAACUGAUUUUUAUGUAAAAAUUCAACCUGUGUUCCAAGGUUGAAUUUUUAGUGUCUGUUAAUUGUUGAACAAUGUCUUAUUUAUUCAGAAUAAAAUAAUUAGUGGGGAAUAUUAUCAAAUGUAGUCAUGUAUUGGAGAAACAAUUUAAGUCCACUAAUAUGGUUCAGGUAUAUUAUAAGCGGUGAAAAAAUAUUGGAAUAGAUAGGAAUAUUGCAUGGCACAUGUGAGUGAACAAAACAAUGUUAACAGCUAUUCAUGUUUUCACAACAUCACACAAGCGCACACACACACACACCAUCAAAAUGAUUUUCAUGAAAUGUUUAGAUGUAAAAUUUUCAAGGGUUUUUCAGAAAUAUUUUCCAUAUAUUGUGUUUCUCACGUUGAACACAUUUCAUAUUAAAAAAAAAACUAUUGGUCGCUAGUAGUAUCCAUGACUUUAUCCAUUUAAACUCCAGUUAUCGUUUA